UUCGAGCCUAAAUUGGAUCCACCGUGCCAGCAUGGAGCGGUGGCGCGUCGAGCCGCCCAAGCCGGCGGCGCCGUGGAAGCGGAAGGAUCGCGUAGCGCCGGUUGCAGACACUGACGCGACGCUGCACGAUGUCCUGGCGCACUACGCAGCUCGCUUGCCGCACGACGCCAGGUCCCUCGUCGUUUCUGGACGGCAAUGUACAAACUCGGUGUGGUAGGUCCUCCGAAAGCCGCGUCGAUUCGCUCUGCACGCAGUUUGUACAGCCACAAAACGGUGGACUCCCACCGCAGCUCAGCACGGCGCUCGCAUUGGAGUUGGCCACGACGAUGUUGCGAAGAGCGCUUCCCGCGUCCUCGCCACUCGCCGAUGUCGUGACACAGACACUGCUCCACGCCGUGUACAAAGACUACGACCCGCAGAAAGACCUGCUCGACAACUGUCGGUUCGCCGAUGCGGACCUGCCCGCGCUAGAUGAGGACGCGGCGCCCGAAGUCGACGACGACGCCAAUGCAUGUACAAAGCCAACGUCGGCGGUCGACUACGGCGCGCUCGCCAAGCUCUGGAACGACCUCGUGGCAGGCGAUCGCGGUGGUGACGCUGGCGUCGCAUGUCUCGUAAGCUGUAUUCAAACGCUACCCGACGCUCACCAGCGCAACAUCGUCGAGCGCGUCGCUGCCGAGCUGCGCCCCGUCGCCCCCGACCCGUGUGUCGAGCGGGACGAGACGACGCUGAGGAUACGAGCCGACCAAGAAAACGGUGAUGACGACGGCGACGAGGAAGACGACGAAGUGUUCUUUGAGCAGUUGGUACACGACCUGCGCGAGAUCUACAACCUCUUGGACGCCUACGACCCCCGUGCCCAGCGCAGUGCGCGCUACAAGCUCCACGUACUUUUAUCGGGUACGCUUGGCCUUCCGCCCGACGAGCGCGGCCAACCAGACGCGCGGGAACGCAUGGCGCAGAUCGUCGGCGACCUCGACGCGGAGACGCGUGCGCGCUUGCUCUUAUUGUAAUAGCUCCUAUUUAUUAUUACGACGCCAAUUCCACUAUGGUGCCA